CACAUCAAUACACACUGCGCCUGUGCGUAACCUAACUUAACCCUAAUCAGAAAUAUUUGAGCAUCUUGUGGUCUGAUGGCACCGGCAUGUCUGGGCACAUCCCUCGAUACUGUUACCAACGUUCAUGCAAUUGUUCGAUAAUAGAUUCCGGACUAUACAGAUUUCAAUAAUUACAAGAGUUGUUAAGUUUCUCCUACAUUGACCCACAUUUUCGAGAUGAUGGAAAACGAAAGUUGUGCCGACAAGAACGAAGAAGAGAAAGGGCCGACACGGUGUUUCGUCUGCGACGCAGAUGUCAAGGGUCGCUUUUAUGCUUUGGCCACUUGCAGAACGCAGAACUCGCGGACCAGGGUAAUCGAGAAACUCGGAGAAUUAGUCGGCGAGGGGUACAUGGUCGUAAUAACCGAGGACGACGUGAUCUGCCGCAGUUGCGGUAUCCUCGUUAAUACUCUAGACAGAUUGGAGAUCGAAAUGCGUAAAGCGCGGAAUCAUAUUCUGCGUUUCUUAGAACAAAAGUAUUCUCUGAACGAAGGAGAGCUACGCAGUAGUGACAAACCAAAGCCAUGUCAACCGCCGCAGAUAACGAGAUCUGGGGCGAAAGACAUUGCCUGUAACACCAAAGCGAACGAGACUGACUCACAUUCAGAAAAUACGAAAUUAUCGAAAUCUCAUUCUUGGCUGCAAUGCGAUAAGUGUAAAUAUACUACACGUCUUGAUUCAUUCAUGGUGUAUCACUUGCAAAAUCAUAUCAAAGAAGCCAUAUUUUGUGAUAACUGUGGGAACACGCUCGAGAUUACAAAACAUAAUUGUAGCAAGGCAAAUGACUUAGGAAACAAGAAGAAUGAGACAGAUGAUUCUGACAUUGUUACCAAGAAUGAAGCGAUACAGACACUUUUGAAGCAAACUCAAAUUUUGCCUUUUACUCAAACUACACCACCUCCACUAAUAGGUUUUUCAAAUUGUGAUCCCACAUCCUCCCAGGAACAAAUGUAUGUCCUCCAAUCGAUCGACAUUACUAAUACUGACAACUCAAAGAAGUUGGAUUCAAACCUCAUAGAAAAAACGCAAGUUACGCCAGAAAAGGAUACAAAGCAUGUGUUGACUGUGAAAGAUGAUGGAAGUUUGUUAAUGGUAGAAGUGCCAAUAUCCUAUAUACCAAAAACGCCAAGUAUCAAUUCAUUAACGUUCAAGUAACUGAAGAUUACGUAAAGUUGCAACGAAUAUUAGGUAACUUUGGUUUUGGCUACUUGACAAUAUUUUUACUUAAGUCUUAAAUAUUCGGCCUAAUAUCAAAUAUUUUUACUUAAGUCUUAAA